GUGACCUGCAGCCUUGUUGCCUGGCUGUUUCUAUACGCCUGCUUCUGCUACUGGAACAAGCACCAUUCCUACGAGUGGAGCUGUCGCUUAGUCACCCUGCUGCAUGGGGUGGUUGUCACCUGCCUCUCUGGUUAUGUUGCUCUCUUGGAUGGCCCCUGGCCUCUGACCCAUGCAGGUUCACCAAACACAUCUCUUCAGAUCCAUGUGCUGUCCCUGACCUUGGGUUACUUUAUCUUUGACCUGGGCUGGUGCCUAUAUUUCCAGACAGAGGGGCACCUAAUGCUGAUCCAUCACACGCUGAGCAUCUGUGGCAUGAUCAUGGUGCUGGGGCUCGGGAAGUCUGCUACAGAAGUCAAUGCUGUUGUAUUUGUUAGCGAGAUCACCAACCCACUGCUUCAGACCCGCUGGUUUCUGCGGGAGAUGGGGUGUUACCACACUUUCCUGGGAGAGGUGGUGGAUUUCUUCUUUGUGUUCCUCUUCCUGGUACUGCGGAUCGCGGGAGGAGCUUUGAUCAUGUUUGCGAUGGUGACAUCCCCUGAUCCCAGCUGGCUCCUCAAGGCUGGAGGCCUGGCCAUGUACAUUGUGUCUUUGGGGUUCAUGGUUGAAAUCUGCCGCUUCAUCAGAAGGAAAAUGUUGAAAAAAACCCACUGUUCCUGGAUAAACCUAAGGAGUGUGAAUGCACCUGUGAAAACUAAUGGGCACUUGACAGCUCAUUAA